UUCCUGAUGGCUUGGAAGAUGAAGAUCCUCGCAUUAUCAAGACCUUCGGUGAGCUUGAUAUAUCGCCAUAUGGACUGGGUUAUGAAAUUUUUGGAGCAAUGAAACGUUUUUCUGGCAGAGUAGCUCAGUACAUUGUGGAAACAGACGAAGAGCAAACCUUCAGCGAUCUUCUUCAUGACUGCAUAAGAGUAGCUAUCAAUUUGAGAGCCGACGACUUUUCAGAAGACGACAUUCUGGGUAUCAGUUGCAGCAACCGAAAGGAGACUUGCAUACCAUACAUCGCUGCAUUAUUUAUUGGAAUCAAAGUUAUUGCUUUCGAUACAUCCUUAUCGGUUGAAGAUAGAGUUCACCUUCUGCAUGAGGUUACUCCGAAAAUUAUCUUUGUUGAAACAGAAAUAUUGUCUAGCGUUCGAGAAAGCAUAGACAGAGCACAAGUUGAUACGAAAAUUGUGGUCAUUGGUGAUGAAGCUGGAGAUUAUUGUCCAUUCGAGGAAUAUUUGGAGGCCUCCGAUGAUGAAAUAUGUAGCUUCGAACCUGUGAAAUUGAAGUCGAAUAGGGAAACCGCAGCUAUUCUCUUCAGUAGCGGAACAACUGGAUUGCCGAAAGGGAUAUGUCUAUCUCAUUACGGCAUAUUGAGCCAAGCCCUAUUGCUCGUUCUUUCAGGGACAUUUGGAACUGUCUCAACCCCAGUUGCCUUGACCUUUUCACAACUUUACUGGAUAUCUGCUAUAGUUUUCCUAAUUGGCUCUACAGUUUCUGGAACAUCAAGAGUUAUAAUGAGUACAUUCUAUCCAGAUGAACUAUGGACAAUGAUAGGAAAAUAUAGGAUCACCGUAGCAUUCUUGUCACCAUUUCAAUGUCUAGACCUCAGUAAAUCAACGAGACCUGAAGGUGUAGACACAUCCAGCUUACAUGUUUUGGCAACUGGAGGUGGACCCAUCAGCGAGAAUUUGGUUCACAGUCUCCGUGAUAUUUUACCAGGAACGUUCGUUUUGCAACUUUAUGGCCAAACAGAAGUCUGCGGUGCCUCAACAAUGUUUCAAACAAGGAGAAUUGACGACCAGCUCUUGUUGCAUUAUAAGCCGAAAUCUGUUGGUAGACCGAUGCCUGGUUUUUGGCUGAAGGUGGUAAACACAGACAGUGGUGAGAUUGUAGGCCCAAACGAACAUGGAGAGUUACGGAUAAAGUCAGAUUUUCUCAUGAAUGGUUACUAUAAAAGGGAUUGUUCAGAGGCUUUCGACGAAAAUGGCUGGUUUAGAUCAGGAGACGUGGCUUACUAUGACGAAUUUGAUUGUUUUUACAUCAUAGAUAGGAUUAAAGAAAUGCUGAAAUUCCGUGGUUGGCAUGUUCAACCAGCUUUGCUAGAAAAUAUACUGAUGUUACAUCCAGCUGUGAAGAGGGCAGUUGUUGUGGGAAUACCUAAUGACGAAGAUGGGGAUCACCCCUUAGGUUUGGUGGUGCUGAACGAGGAUUAUUCGGAUGUUGACCCCAAAGCGCUGGAGCUUUUUGUUGAGGAGAGAGUUCAAGAUCGUCAAAGAUUAAGAGCUGGGGUGAAGAUAAUUGACACAGUACCAAUCACGAAUACCGGUAAAAUAAAACGACUUCUGUUGAGGAAUGCUGUUAUCAAUGUAUUACGAUUUCUACUGGAUGUAUUUUGCGGGACUCUACUGUUUCUAAUAGUACUUGUACUGAGCCUAAAUAAUUCAAAUAUUAAGUGCAGUUUUCUCCAAGAAAUUCACCAAAUGGAACGCGAUAAUUCAUCAGAUGAGGACUCCAAUCCACUCAUAAUAGUUUCAGAAGAAUUGGAUGGGAAUGAGGACUAUUUUGGAAUAGGAUAUGAACUUUUCAAUCACAUGCGGACGUAUAGGAAGAAUAAUGCUCAGUGUGAUAUGUUUACAAGAACCGUGGAGAGUUAUGACCAUUUACUACGAAAAGCAAUAUGUACUGCAGUAACUUUGAAAUCACUAAAACUACCAGAUGAUCCGAUAAUAGCAAUUCUUGCUAACAAUCACCCCAACACUUCUGUAGCUAUAAUCGGAUCCCAUUUACUGGGUUACAGAGUGAACGCCUACGACUGCUUAUUAAGGGACUCAGAUUUCGGCUUAUUGCUGCAACAAAUUCCACCUGCAAUAAUGUUCAUAGAUGAACAGUUUGUCGAAAAAAUGGAGACAGCAAUGAAGCUGAGUGGAGUUCAGGUUCAAUUGAUUGUUUUCGGGCAAAGUGACAAAUACAAAGUAUUUCAUGAUUUUUGUAUUGAAGAAGGAAUUGAUUCAUUCAAACCAGUGAAACUUCAGUCAGGAAAAGAAACAGCAGUAAUAAUGUUCAGUAGUGGAACAACGGGGCUACCUAAAGGAAUUUGUUUAUCUCAUAAGUCUUUGCUGAAACAGUCUUUUUGUCUCAUUUCUAUGCUGAAUUUAAAAGAAGACAGCGUAUUUCUUCAUUUCUCUGGCUACAACUGGAUAACAUCCCAUAUAAUUCUCUUUGCCUGUAUAUUUUCUGGUGCAUCACGUGUAAUUUCACCUAUAACUUCAGCCUGGGAUGCCAUUGACAAACACAAGGUAACUCAUAUCUAUGCUCCACCACAUGUAAUAUUCCUUCUACUAAGACAAGAUGCAUCUGAACCGCAGAAAAAUAGCAGUGUAAAAUGCUUCAUAACCGCCGGCAGUAGACUCAAUAAUGCGCUAUCCGCAGAAGUGAAGAAUAUAUUUACUGAAGCACAUUUGAGUCAAAGUUAUGGCCAAACUGAAGCUACUGGUUGGAUAACGAUCUUUCAGUGGCAUAAGAAGGAAGAUAUUUUAUUGGCUGACAGAAAUCCGGACUCCGUUGGGAGGCUUUUCCCAGGAUUCUCUUGUAAGAUAGUUGACAUUGCUUCCCAAGAAAUCGUAGGUCCCAAUCAGAUUGGAGAGAUAAGGUUGAAGAGUAAAUCGUUUUUUAUGAACGGCUACUACAAAAAAGACUCAUCCGACAAUUUCGACUCAGCGGGGUGGCUAAAAACUGGCGAUCUCGGCUAUUACAACGAAGAUAAAUGCUUUUUUAUCGUGGGACGAUGCAAAGAACUGAUAAAAUACCAACAGUUUCAUAUCCGUCCGCAGAAGCUGGAAAAUAUCUUAGAAUCACAUCCUGCAGUAGAAAAGGCUGUUGUUAUCGGCAUAACUCACCCCAUCGAUGGUGAGCAUCCCAAGGGUAUUGUUGUGUUGAGAAAAGGUAAAGAAGAUAUAUCGGCAAAGGACAUCAAAUCAUUCGUAGACGAUCAAGUGGAAGAAAGACUCAAACUUCGAGGUGGCGUGCAAAUAGUUGAAGAUAUUCCGAUGACAUCAACGGGAAAACCAAAAAGAAAUGAACUGAAGAAAUUUUUAGAAAGUGAACAUUUGUAGGAGUAACUUAUCCCGAAUACUAAAUUAAAUGAUUUC